AUGUCCAUCUUGACUGCCCAUAACGAGGUCAGAAGAAGAGUUGCCUAUGGUCAAGAAACACGAGCAGGUGGACUCCCACAAGCUGCAAAUAUGAUGGAACUAAGUUGGGAUCCAGAAUUGGCAUUUUUAGCCCAAAGCUGGGUCGACCAGUGCACGGAUGAGAUUGAAUGCUUAGUUUGCAAAUGGACAGGAAAUUUUACUGUUGGUCAAAAUACGUUGAAGUUAACCAACAGAUGGGAUGUGACCAAUUACCGUCCAGACUGGAAGCAACAGGUGGAAUAUUGGUACAAAACCGUCGAACAAUUUGAUGCACGUCUCAUUUCAGCCAUGAGAUACGAUCCCAGAUAUCACCCGUUUGUUCAACUUGUGUGGGCAGGAAUCCAUAAAGUUGGUUGUGGCUAUGCGGCAUACAGAAGUUUAACGAAUCCAGCUGUUAAUGAAUUCAAAUAUGUCUGUAACUAUGGACCUGGAGACAACUUGAAUCCCCAUGAUCCUCCUCACUUGUACGCUAUAGGGUCACCUUGUUCUCAGUGUCCUCUUUAUUCAGAGUGCGUGGCAGGACUUUGUCGUUUGAAAAGCUACGCGCCAGUAUAUCUGCCAAAACAGAGUCAUCGAUUUUUCUGCAGCUUUGAAAGUUAUGAUUCCAACUGCAAUUAUGCGGUCACCAAUCCUGAUAAAUGGAGAAUCAUACCUGCCUACGGUGGUAAUUAUUUCGCCACUGUACUGUCCAGGCAAGAAUAUGCGGCGAGUUUCAUCUUCCUUGGUUGGAUAAUUUCCAGGAAAGGUUCCUGCCUCGUUGUCCUUCACAGGGUCGGAUAUACGAAGUUUUCUCAGGCGAAAUUCUUAGGAUCCCUAGAAGCAAUUUUAGACAUCUUUCGAGUCAAGAACUACAUUCAGUUUGAUCAGGCUGUCAGGAAUUCAUUGGAGUUUGUAAGGAUGUACCUUCCGUUAGAGAUUGACGCCCACACAAGGCUUGGGUUCAGACUGAGUUCGCAACCUCCUUACCCUGAACCCCUUUAUUGGGAAAUUAGAGAGGUACGUAUCUUGGACUCAUGCAGGAUUUCAGAUGAUUGACCUAUGUCAGGAUUUUUUGAAUUAAUUCAUAUUGAUCAUUAAAAAACUUUAUGUGGUUUGAAUU